UGUUUUCAUCUUAUUGACUGCGCAACACGAGAGGAACUGGCUCAGAGGUCAUCAUUCAAGUCGGGGGACGAGGAUUUUUGCCCUGAGAGAACUUCUUUUGUGACUUGGCGCUGUGUAAAUAAACUGACGAGUAGAUUUUCCACUGGGGGGGAUAAAAUGCCGGCGAUCAUAAGUAAAAGCUCCGAUUUGGAGUUUGACUCCUUGCAGCCAUGUUUCUAUCCGGAUGAGGACGAUUUCUACUUCUGCUGUCCCGACUCUGCGCCACCGGGGGAGGACAUCUGGAAGAAAUUCGAGCUGCUACCCACUCCGCCCCUCUCUCCAAGCCGCGCCGCGCUACCAGGAGAGCCGGCCGCCUCCCCCGAGGUGGACCCCCUCGGCUUCGGCCUGGGAGACCCACUGGACUGGGCUUCCGAACUGCUGUUCCUGCCCGAGGAAGACAUAUGGGGAGCAAACGACGACGGGGACCUGUUCGGUUCCGCUUUGGAUACAAACCCGGACAGCAUCAUCAUCCAGGACUGCAUGUGGAGCGGCUUCUCCGCGCGCGAGAAGCUGGAGCGCGCGGUGACGGAGAAGCUCGGCAAGGCGAUGUGUACGGGCACGGCGGCGGCGGGGAGGAGCGCCAAGGCGCCGGAGGCGGUGAGCCGCAGCUCGGUGUCGGAGUGCGUGGACCCGGCGGUGGUGUUCCCCUUCCCGGUGAACAGCAAGAAGAGCGGCGGCAGGGACGCAGCGGGGGCCCCCGACACGUCGAGCGUGCGCGGCGGCGCAGACAGCGACUCAGAAGAAGAAGAUGAUGAGGAUGAUGAGGAUGAGGAUGAUGAUGAUGAUGAAGAGGAGGAAGAAGAAGAAGAAGAAGAAGAGGAGGAAGAGAUUGAUGUAGUUACAGUAGAGAAGAGGCGCUCUACAAUCAGCAAAUCAUUCCCCAUGGCCACCGGCACCCUACAUGCAAAGAGCCAAGAUGGAAAAGCAACGGUCUCAGGGUCCGGAGCGAUGAGUCGCUUUGUCAGCCGCAGUCCUCAGGAGCUCAUCUUGAAGAGGAGCUCCGUCCACCAGCAGCAACACAACUACGCAGCCCCCUCACCGUACGCCUCAGACGACGACCCAAUCCCACCUCCAAAGAAACAGAAGACAUCAGAGUCGUCGCGCCACCAUACCCGAACCACCUCCUCGUCGUCUUCCUCCUCGUUUUGCAGCUCCGUCGGCGGCGCGGCGCGCAGCAAGCGCAGCACCAGCGGGGACAGCAGCCCGCGCGGCGGCUCCGACUCGGAGGACAGCGAGCGCAGGCGCAACCACAACAUCCUGGAGCGGCAGCGGCGCAACGACCUGCGGUCCAGCUUCCUGACGCUGCGCGACCACGUGCCGGAGCUGGCGCGCAACGAGAAGGCGGCCAAGGUGUUGAUCUUGAAGAAGGCCACGGAGUACGUGAGUUCGCUGGAGACGGAAGAGAUGAGACUCCAGCAGGAGAAGGACAGGCUCCAGGUUCGCAGGCAACAGCUGAUGCGCAGGCUGGAGCAGGCUAGGACUCGCUAACAGACGAACGCUAACACAGAAACUUCACACAUACCCUGGAUGACUCCGCCGAUCUGAAAUCCUCUGCCUCAACACGCUCAGACUCAGCUGCACACACGGGCCUAUGCACUUAAGCACAGGCGCAUAGGCCUAUAUAACUGUACGUGUGCACGUGUUGAUCCACACCUGGAGCAGAGGAGAAAAGUGGGUUGCAGGGGGGCUGCUGGAGAGAUGCUCGGACUUUCACUGCCGCCACUUUUUUUGCACAUUUGUUGACGUUAAGAAUGUUUAGGGUUUACUUUUUCAAUUCAGUCACAAUUGAGGAAAAAGCGAAAGAAUGGGGAGAUGCAGAACAUAUUUUUUGGUCUUCACUUCCUCUGGUUUUGUAUCAUUUCUAUAUAAAUAUUUUUUCCUUUUUAUGAGUUUUGUACUCACUGUGACACCAGCCUGGAAUCGAGCGAUUCCACACAGGGACAGGUGUUAGAGGGCACUUUGCUUGGAGAGUUCACAUACAGUGAACAUAGCAGUGCACACUUUUGCCUUCACCACUGCAAAACUGAAAAAAAGAAAUAAAGACUGAUGACUGAGGCGUUAUGGGUCACGUAAACAAAGCCACUACAGGUUCACUCUCACACUGGUGCUCAAACCAAGUCAGUGGAUGUAUAACUGUGCACCUUGCUGGGCGACACUUUUGUAUAUAACAAUAGUGUACAGACAAAAUACACUCAGAUCUGCCUUGUUUUGUAAAACACUUUUUUUGUCAUUGUUUUUUUAUAUACGAGUCAGGAAGCUGCCAAUAACUAGACUGGAAGUUUAUAUACGUUUUUCAAAAGUACUGUAAGGCCUCAGUUUAUGAGCGUCGUAAUACUUUGUAAUAUAACAACAUAUUGUUUUAUCUUUUUCUUCGUUUUGUACCAUAUUACUAAUUCCACACACCUUUUCUUGCUUUUUAGUGUGAACUUUAUACAUACUAAAUUGAAUAAUUAUAUUUUCGUAUGAAAAUGAGUUUUCAGUAGAUAUCACUUUAUCUCAUCGGUUUCCUCUCUAUCUCCAAUUGUUUUGUACAGCAAAUGUGUUUUAUCCACACGUACCUGGACUGUUUUUUUUUUUUCCUUUUCUCUUUUGUUAAUAUUUUAUCGGGUGCAUAGAACUGGGUAAACUGAUAUAAGAUGCUUCUUUCAUUUUAUUCUUUUUUUAAAUGUACAUUUAGUGCUGCAACUCAUAGCACUUUGAAAUACCUCAUUUUGAAAAAUAAA